UCACCACGUCACUCCAUUUCCAUUUGCCGGAAAUCAAAAACCAUUCGACAAUAAUGGCUACCACCGUCGCCGGCGCAACAUUCUCUUCAACCGCUGUCAACAUCCGUCGUGAUUCUCCGGCCAAACUUUCCGGUCCCGAUCAUUCAUUUUCCACUAUCACUCAACUCUCUCCUUUCAAGUCCUUCUCACCUCCAUCACUCCAUUUUCCUCUUCGAAAGAAUAUUGUUCACGCUUCGGUUGAUGGCGUUGACUCACUGGGUAUAAGCUCCUUGGAUGCUGAUAUCCCCACUCCGAUUGUUCUAAUUGAUCAAGAUUCAGACCCAUCUGCAACUAUUGUACAAGUUAGUUUCGGUGAUCGUCUUGGUGCCCUCAUGGAUACGAUGAAGGCACUGAAGGAUCUAGGUUUGGAUGUAGCAAAAGGAACUGUCACAACUGAAGGAUCAGUCAUACAAACAAAAUUUUUCAUUUCUCGAUUAUCCACUGGGCGUAAAGUUGAAGAUCCAGAUCUUCUGGAGAGAAUCAGAUUAACCAUCAUAAACAAUCUUUUGAAGUAUCAUCCCGAGUCUAGCUCACGGCUUGCAAUGGGGGAGGCUUUUGGCAUACAAGCCCCAGUCAAGAAGCUUGAUGUUGAUAUUGCAACUCAUAUACAUGUCAAGAAUGAUGGGCCUAAAAGGAGCUUGUUGUGCAUAGAGACCGAGGAUAGACCAGGGCUACUUUUAGAGGUUAUUAAAAUAAUGGACGAUGUCAAUAUUACUGUGGAAUCGGCAGAAAUUGAUACUGAAGGAUUGGUUGCCAAAGAUAAAUUUCAUGUUAGCUACCGGGGGGCAGCUUUGAAUGAGUCUUUGUCUCAGGUGUUAACCAAUUGCCUACGCUAUUACCUCCGGAAGUCUGAAACGGCUGAAGAUAGUUACUAGGGGAGCACAUCCAUUUUCAACAUGUAUUGCAUGCAUACUCUGUAUAAUUACUCAACUUUGUUCAGAAUCAUGAUUGUUUCCUGCAUAUCUUCUAAGAUGUUGCUUUUUUAACUCA